CAUCCCAAACCUCUCAUUACCGAAGUUGCACUGAUGCUAACGAUGAGGCAAGGACCAAUAAGCCCCUACGUCAUCCAACUAUAUGAGUGGUUUGAGCACCCUCAAGUAUUUACUCUCGUGAUGGAGAAUCCGGAUCCCUGCGAGAGUUUGUUGGACUUCAUCAACAAGAAUCCUAACAUGAAUGAGAAGACAGCACGCCUCAUUAUGUGUCAGGCGGUGCAAGCAGUACAGCACUGCAUUGAGUGCGGUGUUUUUCAUAACGAUAUUCAUCCAGAGAAUAUCCUGUUGAGAAAACACACUUUGGAGAUCAAGUUGAUAGACUUUGGCUGUGGUCAUCUACUUAGUAGUAAUGGCUAUGAUCGCAGUCAAUAUAGAGGAAUACAGGCUUACUUCCCACCUGAGCUCUUCACCUGUGGCAGAUUCUACGCCGUCUCUACAAACGUCUGGGCUCUAGGAGUGUUAUUGUAUGAGAUGGUGAACACAUGUUCUCCAUUUUGCAAUAUAACGGAAAUCACGCAAGCCAAAAUUAAGUUUGAAAACCCAGAUUUAUCCAAAGAAUGCCGUGAUCUGAUUGUCCAGUGUCUAAACCGUGAUCCAACUGAACGGCUGACCUUCGAGCAGAUCUUGCAGCAUGACUGGUGUAAAACAGUGGAUCUAGAAGAGUCAGAGGAUUGAAACAGCAUUGGUUUCAGAGAUGAGCCAGUGUAACAGACAGAGUAGGAAACUACAUCUGUGCUGUCACCUUCAAUUCUGAAUCAUAUAUGAUGUAGAUUUAAAAUAUGAUCAGUGAAGUGAGUUCACUUUAACAAUCUUUUUACACUGUAAUAUAUGACGACUAGAAAAAAGACCUAAGUGAAGACAGUCAGUGUGAAGAAUCCUCUGGUUUUCUCUUUCCUAGGGUUGGACACACACCUUCCAGUAAAA